GGCGGCUGAGGAAGGUGCCUAAGUCGGGAGUCAGUCAUCCCUCUGGGACGCCGACGCCGCCGUCCAGGCGCGGCUCCCUCACACCUAUUUUUUAAAAUGAAGAAGUUUAAUUUCCGAAAAGUUUUGGAUGGCUUAACUGCCUCCUCCCCUGGCAGUAGUAGCAGCAGUGGCAGUAACAGUGGUGGCGGGGCUGGAAGUGGUUCCAUGCAUCCAGGAGGGACUGCAGGGGUUCUCAGAGAGGAGAUUCAGGAAACCUUGACUUCAGACUAUUUCCAGAUUUGUAAGACAGUUCGGCAUGGUUUUCCUUAUCAGCCCACAGCAUUAGCCUUUGAUCCAGUUCAGAAAAUCUUGGCUAUUGGGACAAGAACAGGUGCUAUACGAAUACUUGGGAGACCUGGCGUUGAUUGUUAUUGUCAACAUGAAAGUGGUGCAGCUGUUUUGCAGCUCCAAUUCUUGAUCAAUGAGGGUGCUUUGGUCAGUGCAGGUUCAGAUGAUACACUUCAUUUGUGGAACCUUAGACAAAAAAGGCCAGCAAUUCUUCAUUCUCUUAAAUUUAACAGAGAACGAAUUACUUACUGUCAUCUACCUUUCCAGAGUAAAUGGCUCUAUGUUGGAACAGAAAGAGGAAAUACACAUAUUGUAAAUAUUGAAUCUUUCAUUCUUUCUGGAUAUGUUAUCAUGUGGAACAAGGCAAUUGAACUAUCCACAAAGACUCAUCCAGGUCCAGUUGUACAUUUAAGUGAUAGUCCAAGAGAUGAAGGGAAACUGCUAAUAGGUUAUGAAAAUGGUACUGUAGUAUUCUGGGACUUAAAAUCUAAAAGAGCAGAACUGAGAGUUUAUUAUGAUGAGGCUAUUCAUUCAAUUGAUUGGCAUCAUGAGGGCAAACAAUUCAUGUGCAGCCAUUCAGAUGGUAGCUUGACUUUAUGGAACCUGAAAAGCCCAAGUCGUCCUUUCCAGACCACAGUUCCACAUGGAAAAACUCAAAGAGAAGGAAGAAAAUCUGAAUCUUGCAAACCAAUUCUUAAAGUAGAAUACAAAACCUGUAGAAACAGUGAACCAUUCAUAAUAUUUUCUGGUGGACUGUCCUAUGACAAAGCUUGCAGAAGACCAAGUUUAACCAUCAUGCAUGGAAAAGCAAUUACAGUGCUUGAAAUGGAUCAUCCUAUCGUUGAAUUUCUAACUUUAUGUGAAACACCCUAUCCAAAUGAAUUUCAAGAACCCUAUGCCGUUGCUGUACUUCUGGAGAAAGAUCUCAUUGUAGUUGAUCUGACACAAAGCAACUUUCCAAUCUUUGAAAAUCCAUAUCCCAUGGACAUUCAUGAAUCACCAGUUACGUGCACAGCAUACUUUGCUGAUUGCCCACCAGAUUUGAUUCUAGUGCUCUACUCUAUAGGAGUCAAGCAUAAAAAACAAGGAUACAGUAAUAAGGAGUGGCCAAUCAGCGGAGGAGCUUGGAACCUUGGCACACAGACAUAUCCAGAAAUUAUUAUUACUGGUCAUGCAGAUGGAUCGAUAAAGUUUUGGGAUGCUUCUGCAAUAACACUGCAGAUGCUGUACAAGCUAAAAACUUCAAAAGUGUUUGAAAAACAGAAGGUAGGAGAAGGAAAACAAACAUGUGAAAUUGUAGAGGAAGAUCCAUAUGCCAUUCAGAUGAUCUACUGGUGUCCAGAGAGCAGAAUAUUCUGUGUAUCAGGAGUCUCUGCAUAUGUCAUAAUUUAUAAAUUCAGCAGACAUGAAAUUACAACAGAAAUAGUGUCAUUAGAGGUACGACUUCAGUAUGAUAUUGAAGAUAUUAUUACCCCAGAACCAGAAACAAGUCCUCCAUUUCCUGAUCUCUCAUCCCAGCUUCCUUCUUCAAGGAGUCUUUCUGGGAGCACUAACACUGUGGCUAGUGAAGGAGUAACAAAGGAUAGUAUCCCAUGCCUCAAUGUUAAGACACGACCAGUGCGGAUGCCUCCAGGGUAUCAAGCAGAACUUGUUAUUCAGUUGGUCUGGGUGGAUGGUGAACCUCCACAACAGAUUACUAGCCUUGCUGUAAGCUCGGCAUAUGGAAUAGUUGCAUUUGGGAACUGCAAUGGGUUGGCUGUGGUGGAUUUUAUACAGAAGACAGUACUGUUAAGCAUGGGGACCAUUGACCUAUAUAGAUCAAGUGACCUAUACCAACGACAACCACGGUCUCCUCGAAAAAACAAGCAGUUCAUUGCAGACAACUUUUGCAUGCGUGGCCUGUCUAACUUUUAUCCUGAUUUAACGAAACGGAUCCGUACUUCCUAUCAGAGUUUAAUUGAGCUGAAUGACAGUCCAGUUCCCCUGGAACUUGAGCGUUGCAAGUCUCCCACUUCAGAUCAUGUAAAUGGACACUGCACAAGCCCAACUUCUCAGAGUUGCAGUUCUGGAAAACGUCUUUCCAGUGCUGAUGUUUCAAAAGUAAAUCGCUGGGGUCCUGGAAGACCACCAUUUCGAAAAGCACAGUCAGCUGCUUGCAUGGACAUUUCUUUGCCAGCUACAACAGAAGAAAGUCGAGAAAAUUCCUAUAAUCGCUCUAGAAGCUCUAGCAUCUCCAGUAUUGACAAAGAUUCUAAAGAAGCGAUUACAGCACUAUACUUCAUGGAGUCCUUUGUUCGGAAAAAUGACUCUACUAUCUCCCCUUGUUUGUUUGUUGGAACUAGUCUGGGAAUGGUGUUAAUCAUCUCCCUAAACCUACCUUCAGCAGAUGAACAAAGAUUUACAGAGCCAGUCAUGGUAUUGCCAAGUGGUACAUUCCUCUCAUUGAAAGGAGCUGUCCUAACAUUCUCCUGUAUGGACCGAACUGGCAGAUUAAUGCAACCACCAUAUGAAGUCUGGAGGGAUCCAAACAACAUAGAUGAAAAUGAGAAAUCUUGGAGAAGAAAGCUGGUCAUGAACUGCCCCUCUCCAUCCCAAGAAAUAGGAGAUCAUCAGUAUACAAUAAUCUGCUCAGAAAAACAAGCCAAAGUCUUCUCACUGCCUUCUCAGACUUGCCUCUACGUUCAUAACAUCACUGAGACAUCUUUUAUACUGCAAGCAGAUGUGGUGAUCAUGUGUAACAGUGCCUGCUUGGCAUGCUUUUGUGCCAAUGGGCAUAUCAUGAUAAUGAGCCUACCUAGUCUUCGCCCAAUGUUGGAUGUUAAUUAUUUGCCACUGACAGACAUGAGGAUAGCACGGACGUUUUGUUUUACCAAUGAAGGACAGGCAUUAUACCUUGUCUCUCCUACUGAAAUUCAGCGGUUAACAUACAGCCAAGAGAUGUGUGAUAAUCUACAGGACAUGCUAGGAGAUUUGUUUACUCCCAUGGAGACACCAGAAGCUCAAAACAGAGGCUUUCUCAAAGGACUGUUUGGUGGAAGUGGACAAACAUUUGACAGAGAAGAGCUCUUUGGGGAAGCUGCAGCAGGAAAAGCAUCACGCAGCCUCGCACAGCACAUUCCUGGACCAGGUGGUAUAGAAGGGAUGAAAGGUGCUGCCGGAGGGGUGAUGGGAGAGCUGACUCGUGCACGGAUCGCACUUGACGAGAGAGGACAGAGGCUAGGAGAGCUGGAAGAGAAAACUGCAGGCUUGAUGACCAGUGCAGAAGCAUUUUCCAAGCAUGCACAUGAGUUAAUGCUGAAAUAUAAGGAUAAGAAAUGGUACCAAUUCUAAACUUCUAAAGAAGCUAUGACUGCUUUGAGAAACCAUUAUUCAGGGAAACCAAAUUUAUUCCCAGCAUCACUAUUCAACUGCUAGAAGACAGUUUCUUCCACAAAAUGUUCCAUUACAGUCCAUCUGAAGCUAUCAUAAGGGAGACUUAUCAGAGACACUGUACAACCCAAAGGCUGGAACCCUGGUUAAAACCCCAAGAUAUGGCUGAAUUUGCCUCUUCCCAUGUGGAAUGGAGCUAUUAUCUUGGCAUGUCGUUUGCUAAGGAUUUACAUUUAGGAACUACGGGGAGUAAUGAUUUGAAAAAAUCCUGUACAAACAAAAAGCAUUAAUGCACUUAAUGAAAAAAAUUUUUGCAUGAUAAAUUAACAUCUUAAGAGGAAAAGAAAAAAAAGCAUGUUGUGACAGAAGAAAAAAAGAUUUAUGGUAAACUAUUUUUAUAAAUUGGACCAUAGCUGACAAUUUAAAAAAAUCUGUGUUAGAAGAUAUCAGUGCAUUUCAAGUACAUUUGCAAUACCCAACUGAAAAAACAAACAAAACCAGAGUUUUCUUUUCAUCUAUAACUUUCAUUAUACUAGGACAUUAUUGAAUUCUUAUGGCAAGAGUCUGAUUAACGUUCUUCUCUCUCCAUAAUAUUUUACAUUAUUCACAGUUCUUGGUCAUAAUCAAAUAUUACCAGUACAGUAAAUUAUUCCUAACACAAUUAUAUCCAUUUGUAUCACCUUCAGAACAAGUUGCUAUUUUUAGUCACAAACCGUGCAGGGUUGGGUCACCUGGAAGCAUUUUUUCAGCCUGGCUUAUACUCUGCAGGGGAGUUGACAAUAGGUUUGGGGAAACUAGACUUACAGGAACAAUGCAGUUAGCUUUGAGAACUGAUUUCACACAUUCUGGUUUCAGUUUCUAAAGUGAUAUAUUUUUAAUGCUCCAUUUGUAUCCUUGUCUGCCAAUUACACAGUA